GUGUGACUGAGGUUGAAAUACAUUUAAUUUAAUUUGCUGAUAAUUCAGUCUCCGAGUUAUAUAUCAACUGAUGCUUUGCAUGGCAAAAUAUAUAACAGUUCAUCAUCUCUAUUAUAAGCUAUGACUUGUUCAAAGUUAGCUAGUACAGCAAUUAUUUUGAUUCUUAAAUUUUUCUCUUUUAAAAUUAUGUGAGUUGAGAUUCCCCAAUCAGUGCAGAAGUUUGGCCAGGUUGAUAUAUUGAAAUAACGAAAAAGACAGGUUGUUGGAAUCCUAAACUUCGUCCAGUUUGAUUUUUGAACACUAUAAAAUCUCGCAUUCUACUAUCUAUGAUUGAUAAGGCAAAGAGAGAAUUUAUCUAUGCCUUUUAAGUUUGCCAGAAAUAUUAAUAUGGUGUCAUAUAGAUUCACUAUUCAGCUGGUACUCUUAAUUGCUCUGAUGCUUGUUGCCUCUGCUAGAAAAAUACCGGUGAAACCACAGCAGAUGGUAGAUGAUAAUUCAGGAGAUGUUGCAUUUGAUUCAAUGAAGAUUUCUCACAUGAAUACUCAGGUGGAUAACCAAAUGGUCAAGAAGAACAAAAGGAGCCCCCUCGGCACAAACCACUUUCCAGAACAAAAUAAUGAGAGAAGUAAGACAGACGAAUCAAUGGAGUUUGUUGAUGCAGAAGAUGAAGUAGCAGAGCUUAUGCACAAAGACUAUACAGGAAGCAAACGCGGCCGCGUGCCGCCCAGCAAUAAUUAAUCGCAAGCCUAUGGGUCAUUUACAAGAAUAAUGACUACUCUUGUAAUAUAAAUCACAUUAUCACA